AUGGCUCUCGACCCACGCGCGCUUGAGGAUAAGGUGCCGCCCUCCCUCCCCAACCCCGCCAUCCCCCUCGCGCCGCAGCAUGACGAGUUGUCAACCUGGGUUUAUCCCCUGAACCACAGGGGCGGGGGUUAUGGGGUGGUUUGGGUGGUGGUGGUGGUGGUGGUGGUGGUGCUGGGGGAAGAUGGGGGGAGGAGGCCGCGGAUGGACCAGGCGAAGAAGGCCCUCCAGGGCGCGUCCGGAGGGUUCAGCUUCUUCAGCAACAAAGAAGAAAAAUACCAAAAUGCCGCCGAUCUCUACGUCCAGGCAGCCAACGCCUACCGGCUGGAGCGGAUGAACAAGGAGGCGGGAUCGUGUUUUGAGGCGGCGGCGGGUAUUCACAGGGACAAGCUGAACGAGCCGGACGAUGCGGCGAACCAGAUGGUGGACGCAUUCAAGGUCUACCGGAAAGAAUACCCCCAGGACGCCAUCCGCUGCAUCCAGGUGGCCAUCAGCCGGUACCAGGCGAAGGGCAACUUCCGGCGAGCGGCAUCGCAUCUAGAAAAUGCCGCCGAGCUGCUUGAUGAGGUCGGCGACCGCAAGGGCGCCAUCCCGCUCUAUACCGAAGCGGGGCGCCACUACGAGGACGACGGGGCAAAGGCCCUGGCGAACAAGAACUGGCUCAAGGUGGCCGAUAUGGCUGGACUUGAGGGCGAUUACUUCCAGGCCGUGGAACUUUACGAGAAGGUAGCCGACUCAUCACUCGACAACCACCUGAUGAAAUACUCGGUCAAGGACUACUGGAUGAAGGCAGGGAUCUGCAUCCUCGCAACCAAGGACCUCGUCAGUUCUCGCCGUAACCUGGAGAGGUACGUAGAGAAGGAUCCGUCGUUUGCGACCCAACGGGAGUACCAGCUGCUCUCGGACCUGAUCGAAGCCAUCGACGCCGGGGACCAGGAGGUGUUCACCGACAAGCUAUACCAAUACAACCAGAUGAGCCCACUGGACAAAUGGAAGACGGAGAUCUUCCUCAGGAUCAAGAACCAGAUCGAGGAUGCGGACAACGAAUUUGCUUGA